AGAGCGAAUCAAGCAUUGCUAUGAGCAGCUGUGUACUCUGGUGCCAAGUAUAAAGGGGAGAAAGAAUGAUGCGGCUUCGAUUCUUGAAGCCACAGUUGAUUAUGUGAAGUAUAUCCUAAAGAAAAUCCCUCCAGCUGCUAUGGGCCAGAUUACAGAAGUACUUCAGAGCAAUAGGAGAUUUUGUAAGAAACAACAAAUGCCCAUCCAGCUAUCCCUCCCAGGCAUAAUCAUGGCACAAAGGGAAAACAGUGUAUUGGCAAGCACACACUCACCUCUGAGAGGAAUCAGUUUCCUGACUAAUAAGUGCCUGAAUGUGUAUACUGUUCCUGCCUCAGGGGUUUCCUUGGAUGGCACUGUGAGAGGUCAGUCUAGCUCCACUUCAGAGAAUGCUAUUGGUGAUGUGUAUAAAACUCAAGUUCCCGGCACAGGUCUCUUUCUUAAUUCCUUCCAUGCUGUCAAUUACUAUUCUACAGUCAUCCCUUCCUAUGAUGCAGUUGCCGUAACAAAUCAGAACAUUUCAGUUCAUUUUCCAUCAGCUGUGCCCAAAGUCUCAAAGUUUCUUCCUCAGCAAUGCAAUUCUGUGCCGGGCCAGACAUGCACAACACAUCCCAACUGCCUGCAACAAUUCUGGGCCUAUCAAUAGCAUGUUUGAAAUUCACAUUCUAGACCACCUUUUGGGUGCAAUUUGAUCACCCAGGAAGAAUGGAGCAAAGAAUGAUCUUGAAAGCUACAUCCAAAGACCUAAUUUCAAGAAUGCAUUGUAUGUCUUCCCAUAAAUGUGCUAAAAGUUUCUGCAGAUAUAAAAA